AUGAUAAAGUUAAUUUCUCUAAUUGUAUUUAUUUACAUAUGCAAGUCUACCAUUGAAAAUCAAAUCGAGUCAAGUUUAAAUCAUUUUAGUAGUGAAUCAUUAAACGCCCUUGAAAACGAAUUAUUGUGUAGUUAUAACAAGAUAAAAGAAAGUACUAGAUUUAAAAAAAUCUGUCGCAAGCUAAAGUAUAAACUAUUGUUUUCUGCAAAUUUUAAUUACCAAUGCAACGAAGAAGCCUUGAACACAAAUUUUAGAAUUUUUAUAGAUAAUAAUAUUCAAAAAAUUAUAAAAAAUGAUAGCGAUUUAACAAAAAACAAUAGCGAUGUAAUAAAAAAUGAUCAUGCAUUUUGGAGGUUAAAAACCGAUUUUAAAUACGUUUAUCAAGCAUUCCGUCGUUUAAGAAAGUAUUACGUUUACGAGAUGUUAAUCGAAACAAUAAGAAAAAUUUUAAAAAAAGAAAAAAAUGAAAAAGAUGCACAAAAAAAACAUAUUAAUAAAUUUGCGAUUUUUUUAUAUAAAUGCGCCAAUGAUAUGUUUAAUUCUUUACAGAUAAUUCCAAAACAUUUAAAUAUUAAAAACGAGAAAGAAUAUGUUUUAGCAUUGUUUUUUUUAAAAAAACGAUUGCAAGGUGUAAAUGUAAAAGAUUAUGACUUUAAAACAUUGUGUGAAGGAGAAAAAGGUUUUAAGGAGGGAAUAAAACAUAAAUUAUAUGCUGCCUUUAUGAUGAUUAUUUUAAAUCAGAAAUCUUUUAUUGGCAGUUAUAAAAGCUUUGAAUCAUCUUUUAUUUUAAUACUCAAUGAAAGAAUAGAAAGCUUACGUGGAUCUUUUGAAAUAAAUGAGGACAAAAUUGCCUUCCCAACAAGCAUACAUAAAAAAUCAGUAAUUAAAAAUUUUGCGCAACUGGUUCAAGAUCAAUACAUUGGUUUGGUUUUGAAUUAUUUGAACAGAAUUACUGUCUAUUUAUUUUUGUGA